AUGUCCAGAUCUAAUAUUGUAGAUGUCAAGCAUGUUGUAAAGGACAGUACGCGCAAUAAGUGCAGGUUAGCUGAACGUACGGAAGUAAAAAACGAGACGGGCAAGAGCAACAUGAAUGAAAAAAGUUCUUACUUCAACGUUAGGCACUUGAAUGUGCGUGGAAAUGGUAAUAGUGACGUCAAUGAAGCCAUGACAAGUUCAUUACCGUCUCCGUCAUUUGCAACAAUCCAACGUCGAGAAUUUACUGUGUCCGCAGUUUAUACAGACACGCAAACCGGCUUUGGUCAACCCAAAAAGCUGGCCCUGCCUUCCUACGCUAUAAUCCUGAUUAUCGCUGGUGGUUCCGUAUUCAUCCUCGCAGCCAUAACUACGAUAGUAUGUUUGGUUCGAAAAAAAUCAACCAAAAAACUGGCACAGAGAAACUCCGUUGGCUCUGGUAUAUACGCGUUUCUCCCCCAAAAUGGUAACUUACGGAAUAAGGACGAGGAAGGGAUCGGAUUUCGGUACGAGCCAAGUCGGCUAUUGCCCACCGUUGAUGAAGAUGACAAGUAUCCGGAACAACCGACUCAUCCAAUGAGUUCUGUUGAUCAAAAUCGCUUCGGCAGCGGGCAUCCCAGACCCGUUGUCAAAAUUCCUCCGAAUUAUACACCGGACAUUCAGAUUGCCCGUCAUGAUGGAACUGUCUCUACGUCUCCGCGGCCUAAUCAGAUAGGCUCAAGUUUACCUCAAGCAAGCGGAAGACAGAACGUAAGUUUCAAGAAUGAUGCAGAUCGAAGGAAUAAAACUAGGAUAAACACGGGUAUUCCGCCACUAGAUACUAACGUUGGGAAGCAGGACGGAAACUAUGGAGGCAACCAAGGGUCACGAUACAGCACUGCUAUACGCAAUCAGGCAUAUCGUGGGCACCAUUAUUCGCCCCCUAACCCCAUUAUACCUAAACCACGUCGAUCUUCACUUGCGCAAUCAUCACCAGUGUCGCCAGUAUCACCAGUGUCACCAUUAUCGACAACAUCACAAAUGCCGUUAAUCCAAGAACGUGAAUCAUACGCGCCUCCACAGAAUCGCCAAUCGCGUCUGCAGCGCUCACGCGGAACUUCACGUUAUAACCGCGGACGGUAUGGGAGUGCGGUUCAAUCACCUGUUUCUUCUUCUUCCGGACAGGCAGCAACGCAAAGGUAUAGAACAGAUGAUUAUGAUUGGAAGAAUUAUCACAAACGUGGCAAUACGAAUGCAACUGGGAGAGCAAGUGGGGAUGAAGCUACGCAUGUAACUACAUACACAGCGACGGAUGCUAUUGGUAUGCGUGAGCCGACAUCAUUUGGUGAUCGUAAAGAUGAGAAUGAAAACGACUAUCUAACUGUUGCAAGUCCUAUAUUGGACAAUAAGUCGACAGGAUAUCUGUCUGAUGAAAUGGGUCAUAGUGAGGUCGAAACUAUGAGAUAG